AGGUGCCGGCAGCUGGCUUGGUGCUCCUCUCAGCGGCCAACCAUGGCCCGGGGACUGCCCAGCACUGCGAGCCGGCACUUCUGCCAGAAGCUGAACAGGCUGAAGACACUGGAGGAGUCCACCAGGGAAACACUGCCGCGACACCACCUGACCACGAUGCACCUGACCCUGCUGGGUGUGGGGGCCAUGGUGGGUGUGGGCCUCUAUGUGUUCACAGGCAUCGUGGCCAAGGAGAUGGCUGGCCCUGCAGUGCUUGUGUCCUACAGCUUGGCUGCCAUGGUCUCCCUGCUGGCAGCCCUAUGCUAUGCAGAGCUGGGGGCACGUGUAUCUCACAGGGACUCUCCAUACCUGCUCACCUACUUGUCCAUGGGCGAGCUGUGGGCCUUCCUCAUUGGCUGGAUCAUGCUUCUUCGGGGUCUCAUUGGUGGCGCUGCUAUGGCCCGGGUCUGGAGCAGCUACCUGGACACCAUCUUCAGCCACUGCAUCCGCAGCUUCACUGAGGCCCAUGUGGGCAUCUGGCAGGUGCCCCUCCUGGCCCAGUACCCAGACUUCUUGGCUGCUGGCAUCAUACUUUUGGCUUCCAUAUUCGUCUUCUGUGGAGCCCGCAUCUCUUCCUGGAUCAACCUCACCGUAUUUGCCAUCAACUUGGUCAUCGUCCUCUUCAUCAUCAUCCUGGGGUUUGUCCUGGCCCGCCUGCACAACUGGAGCACUGAGGAGGGCGGCUUUGCACCCUUUGGCUUCUCCGGCAUCAUGGCCGGCGCCGCCAUCUGCUUCAACACCUUCAUGGGCUUUGAUGUCAUUGUUGCCUUCAGCAAGGAGGCCCAGAACCCAAAGCGAGCUGUGCCUAAGGCCAUCAUCAUCUCUCUCGGCCUUGUGGCUGGCAUCUACAUCCUUGUCUCUAGUGUGCUCACCCUCAUGGUGCCCUGGUACAGCCUGGAGCCUUUCUGGGGACUCACUGAUGCCUUCCACCAGCGGGGCUAUAGCUGGGCGAGCUUCAUCGUGGCAGCUGGUUCAAUCUGCGCCAUGAUUACUGUCCUGCUCAGAAUCCUCAUUUUCCUGCCACGCGUGCUCCAUGCCAUGGCCGUCGAUGGGCUCAUCUUCCAGGUGUUUGCCCACAUGCACACCCGAACACAGGUGCCCGUGGUGGGCAUCCUGGUGUUUGGGGUCCUCAUGGCUUUCCUGGCGCUGCUGCUGGAUCCUGAGGCACUGCUCCAGUUCCACUCCAUCAGCGCACUGCUGGUCUACACCUUCAUGGCCACCAGCAUCAUCGUGCUACGCUUCCAAAAGUCCCCUCCAUCCACUUCCUCGGGCCUGGUCAGCCCUGGCCCUGUUGCCAGGGAGUAUGAUGACUCAUCAGGCCACACAGAACUGCUGGGUACAGAGCAGGCCUCAGCCCCUGAGCCCGGGCAGCUGCGACCAGCCCUGAGGCCCUACCUCGGCUUCCUGGGUGGAUGCUGGCCUGGAGCUGUCGUAACUUGGGCACUGGGUAUCCUGGUGGCCUCGGCCAUCACUCUAGACUGCGUGCUAGUCUUUGGGGACUCCGCCCUGCACCUCCCGCUCUGGGGCUACAUCCUGCUGCUCCUGCUCAGCUCCGUCAUGUUUCUGCUCAGUCUCCUCGUUCUGGGGGCCCACCACCAACAGCGCCAGCAGGACACCUUCCAGGUUCCCCUGAUGCCCCUGACUCCAGCCCUGAGCAUCCUCCUCAACAUCUUCCUCAUGCUGACUCUGAGCUCCCCAGCCUGGGCGUGCUUCUCCAUUGGUCUGCUGAUCGGAUUCGCGGUGUAUUUUGGCUACGGCAUCUGGCACAGCAAGGAGAACCAGCGGGAGCGGCCGGGGUUGACUGCCACACGCAGCAGCCUGGAAGAGACAGUGCAGGCCCUGCAGCCCCCCAGCCAGACACCUGCCCAGGAGCCCAGACACACGGAGCAGCCUGCCAGUCCAUGAGGACCACUGGGGGCCUGCCUGCCAUCCCCUACCUCCUU